GGGGUAAGAUAAAAGGUAAAUCAUCUGCUCUUUGUCACAUGAUGAUUUCCGUCUGCUCGUGAGUGGAGCACGUAGACUGAACACUUGGACAGUUUGUAUUUUCUGGUUUAGUUGUUUUCCAGCUUUGUGAAAUGGAGAAUCAGCCUAUUUUGAGCCAGAAUCGCACUUAUGGGGUUGCCAAUCCUGGUUAUAUACCAGCAGCAGAGGGGACACCUGCAAUGUUUGCCCCACCCACGGGAAACUUCCAGGGCCCCAGCGCUCCUCCGGCCAGCAUGUUUGACAGCGUGCCUGGCUAUGAAGGAACAGUGGCUGGAGGAGGUGGAUUUCUUCCCCCUCCCAUGCCUGCUUUCCCAGUUCCUCAGCCUGAACCUGGACCUCAGCAACCAGACUGGAACAUCCCAUCAAUAAGUGAAGAUACCGCCCGGGAGGCAUUUAUCCUGUUUGCCUCCAGCAAGUGCUGCUACAGUUCAGCACCAGCAAAGGAUGGUGUGAUCACAAGCAUGGAGGCAUUCAAUACCUACAGGUACCGCAUGGAAACAUUCACUGAAUCAAGAUCUACAGAGUGGAGUCAUGAGCCAUACAAUGGCCAGCCAGUGGAUGCAUUUUCACAACCAUCUCCAGGGCCUUGGGACAUUCCUGCUCAAGUUCCCAGUUUUUUUGUGGAUAGUAAACAGGUUAUCAAGGUUCCCUACACAUCGUCUGUUAAGAGCUGCCACGCUUGUGUGGGAAUGGGGAGGAAACCUUGCAAAGACUGUGCCGGUGCUGGUAAUAAAGUUUGUUGGGUGUGCAAUGGGUCUGGCUUCCGUCAUGGAGAUGAUCGCUGUCACCACUGCAAUGGCAGAGGAAGGGAAAAUUGCAGCCACUGUCACGGACAAGGAUCGAGACCAUGUGGCACAUGUCGUGGAAAACAGCAGCUUCUGGUCUACAUCAAUCUCACUGUGAAAUGGACCAACAACUCUGAUAGCUAUGUGGUGGAACAGUCAAGUGGACUGCAUUUGGACAACCUUACCAAAGUGUCCGGGAAGGAGCUUUUCAGAGACUCUCAGUACAUGGUGUACCCAGUGAUAGGCUUUCCAGAUCCUGCGGUGGUGAAUGCAGCACAGCGUCUUGUCAGUGAACACCAGGCCAAGUACUCUCAGACAUCACGCAUUCUACAACAGCGUCAAACCAUAGAGCUGAUCCCUGUCACGAAGGUGACCUACACAUGGAAAGGGAAAUCACACAUUUACUUUGUUUAUGGGAAUGAGUUCAAAGUUAAUGCAGAUAACUAUCCUGCUACUUGUUGUUGUACUAUAAUGUAACUGCAAUGGUUGUGUAUGAAGGUUUGUUCCUUUUCAGAUCAUUGGUUAUCUAAAUAAGUUUUAAUUACAAUUCUUCUACUGAUUAAUGGGGAGUUCUCUGACAUAUUCACAGGUAUUUAACUUAUGAACUCCCAACAAGGAAGUGGAACUGAUGAAGCCUCUUGAACAAGCAGUCUUCAGUUCUACACAGAAAGUCAUUUUGUCUUUCACUAGCCACUAACCACAAGAUAAUUAUGGUUAGACAGUCAUUUUUAUUGUUAUAUGCAUGCACUAUAGAAAAUAACUGCUUACUGAUGCACAUUGAUACACAUUCCAUGAAUCCUUUAUGUUUUUGCUUUUAUAUGGCAGCAGUGAUUUUUAUCAUCAGUGACAACUUUUUAAAAUUUUAUAUGGAAUAUUAAUGUUUUGAAGCAUUUAUACUUUUAUUGCUAGUAAUCCGUUAUUUGUCAUGGCAAAAGUUUUUAUUAUGGCAGCAAAUCUCUAACU